AUGGGCAUGUGGCGGACCACGUUCCUGCGGAACACGCGGGGCGCGAGGCUGGCUGGUCCGAGCUGCACCUUGAGGUCCGAACUAUUCCAGUUCUUCAAUGACAGAGAUUCCAGGUUCCCGUCCAACACCGGAUCCUCCGGGCCCGUGGCCGUGGGACCAGCAGCUGGUACGAGAGGUACCAGGAGGGCCGUCACAAAGAUUAUGAUAAUAGUUUUGACAUCAUCAGCUGCGACCUUGCUAUUCUCGUGUAUUUAUGUGCUGAUAUGUCAUAGAAAAGGAAGAAGACUAUGGUUUCUCCUUUGCAAGAAGACUAGUGGAAACAAUGAAAAUAAUUACGAGGCCAUGAUUGCAUCGUAUGGAUCCCUAGCUCCAAAACGAUACACAUACUCAGACGUAAUGAAGAUAACAUCCUCUCGCAGCAAUGAGCUUGGAAAAGGUGGUUAUGGUGUGGUUUUCAAAGGAACCCUACUUGAUGGCCGUCUAGUACCAGUGAAAUUCUUGCAUGAAUGCAAAGGAAACGGGGGCGAGUUUGUGAAUGAGGGAUCAAAACGAGCUCUUAUAUAUGAGUACAUGUCCAACAAUUCCUUGGAUAAGUUCAUUUACUCAGAGGACCCCAAGGAAAUUUUAGGAUGGGAUAAGCUCUAUGCAAUAGCAAUCGGGAUUGCUCGUGGCCUCGAAUACUUGCACCAUAGUUGUAAUACACGCAUCAUACAUUUCGACAUCAAGCCACAAAAUAUCCUUCUAGACAAGGAUUUUAGCCCCAAAAUUGCUGAUUUUGGUCUAGCUAAAUUGUGUCAUACAAAAGAAAGCAAUGUUGCAAUGACCGGUGCUAGAGGAACAAUUGGAUUCAUCGCUCCAGAAGUUCACUCUCGAACCUUCGGAGUGGUUUCAACCAAGUCAGAUGUUUAUAGUUAUGGAAUGAUGCUGUUGGAGAUGGUCGGAGGAAGGAGAAACGUAAAAUCAUUUGUUGCAAAGUCUAGUGAAAAGUAUUUCCCAGAUUGGAUUUAUGACCAUUUUGCUCAGGACGAAGGUUUGCAAGCAUGUGAUAUAACAAGUGAAACUGCGGAGGUAGCAAGAAAAAUGACCUUAGUGGGAUUGUGGUGCAUACAAGUAUUACCUAUAUAUCGCCCUACUAUAACAAGAGUUCUUGAAAUGUUCGAGAGAAACUUAGAUGAGCUGGACAUGCCACCAAAGCAAAACUUCGGUGAACUAGUGUGA